ACUCUUUGGUCUGUGGCAAGCCGCAAAAUCAAAAUAAUAAGGUUACAAAAGGUUUAUUAAAUUCAAGUGUUACUCGUGUUUCAUUUUUAACAUAUUUUCUUCACUGCAUUAAUUUUUAAAGUUCUUUAUCUUACCUUAAAAUAGUUUCAAUAAAGUGUAGGAUUUGUAGAUACUUCGCCGACUUUUAUUCCUAAACACGCUCUUAUCAUAGUUGUGUUUAACUUAUUUUUCUCAUAUCUUCCUGAAAUAAGAAUAAAAUGAUAAAUUUUUAAUAAAUCUACUAAGUGGCCGAAUCACAAUAUGUCUUCUAGUCCAGACUCGAGCUUGUUGCUGAGGACAAUUGAGCUUAACUAUACAAAUAAAAAACGAUCUAAUUCCUUCAAAUGGAUCGUGGUGAACAGCAUAUUUUUCCUAAUAUUUGCAUAUGAUUUAUGGUGCGGAUGCGAGUGCGGGCUGGGUGUGUUGCACUAUGUGGAGGCUGGUGCGUGUGGCGUGGCGGCUGCCAACCUGCUGCAGCACGUGGCGCGCACGUUGCCCGCGCGACGCACGCCUCUCCCGCUCACGCCCGCACAGCGACGUCUGCUCGGACUACAAGCCACUAAACUAGAUUCGUCGUUCCGUGAAGUGAGUCCAGAAGCUGAGGUGCGUCCACACACGUCAGGGGGAAGUGAUGAAUUAGAAUUGUCGCCCCUCGCUCGGGCUCGGUCGUGGGGCGGGGCAGGGUCGGGUGCGGGGACGGGGACGUCGCCGCCCCCUUCUCCCUCCUCCCCACAACACUCACCCUACUCGUCACCCGCGCGCCUCGACCGUGAUGAGUUCAUUGCGGACCAUCAAGCUCUCGCUGAUUAUUUGAGGAGGCGUGAAGAGAGCGAGUCUCGUGUAGGUGAGGGGGCGUGGUCGUGGUCAGGUGCGUGCACGGGGGCGGGAGCGGGAGCGGCCACUGGACAGCCGCCCGUCUAUCAGCUGGCUGCCCUCGAUACAGAGGGCGAGGAGGGUAGUGAGGGCGUGGGCGGGGGCGCAGGCGUGGGCGUGGGUGGAGUCGCAGGGUCGCCGCAGAUGUGGCGGCGGUUGCAGCUGGACCCACGCCGUCUCACGCAGUUCAACCUCAACCUGAGACUGUGGCUGCAGGUGACGAUCCUGGAGCGCGUGGUGCGUGAGAUGGACGCGUUGGAUGCCGCGCUCGCCGCGCACGGGAUGCCCGCCACCUCCCUCGGACAAGUGGGCGUGGAGCGGUUGCGGGCGGUGUGCGGUGGGGCGGAGCUAGUGCCGUUCCUGGCACCCUUCCCCGACCAAAGAUACGUCGUCAGGAGAUAUAGGGAGUUGGCGGCGGGCGGGUGCCUGAGCGAGUACCGGUGGUGCGGGGGCGGGGAGGGGUGGGACGAGUCUCGCCCCACCGAUGCAGAGUUGAUCCUGCACGCCUUCGCCACCUACAUGGACAAGCAGCUCCCCGCCGAGGGUGGGGGUGGGGGAGGUGCAGGGGGAGUGUUCUCGUCGUGUCACUUGUCUCGUGGGGGGGCGCCGCCGCGUGGUAAGGGCGUGCUCGCCAUACAUCAGGUGUCUCGCUCGCCGCCACACUACGUGCUCGCCUGCGGAGACGAGACACUAGAGGUGGGCGCCGGCAGGAACAAUCUUCUGCACGUGUUACUCGUGUUCGUGGCGGUGUGCGCGCGCCACGAUCCACCCGCCCUCAAGCGUCUACAUCUCGGGAAGGCCGGCCUCAACAUGUUGUGGAUAAUCGGCCGGUGAUUUAUCAACAAACAACAAAACCAACCUGUGGGCUAACUAAUUUUAAAAAUUUAUCGAAAUCCCUUUCAAAUUGAAGCGAUUGUGCUAGCGAUUUAUGAAGUUUUUGGAAUUAAUGAUGAUUUGAAUGUGAUCAGGAAACAACCAAAACUUAGUUAAACACGUCGAAAGAUUGCAGUAAACAUUUAACUCUUUCGUUUGACGUUUCUCAGUAGCUUUCAAGCAUUUUUCGCUUUGCUCAAACAAUUACAAUAGGGAUGAUGACUGGGUGAAAAAAUUGCAAUUCUAUUUAGUCCGUCAGUCUAAUAAUAGAAAAAUAUUAGAUACGUAUUUUUUUUACUUCAAUUUAACAAGAAAUAGCUUAGGUAACAGGCAUUAAAGUUGAGGAGUGGGGGCUCGCUACGUCACAGUUGAGUAGAAAACGUACUCAUGCGAAAUUUCAACUCAAUGUAACGCCGUAAUUUUAUGAUUACGAAAAAAAUACGUGUUUAAUAUUUUUUAACACUACCUGACGGACAAACAAACAAAAUUUAGUCAUCAUCCCUAUUAAGAUCAUAUCAACGAUAUCGUUCAUUUAAUAUCUUUGAAAAAUAAUUUCACAAUCUCUAUCACAUGUCAAAUAGUUGUAGCGUGACGUUCGUGAAUAUCUUUCAAAUAUUGAAUUGAAAGGGAUGGUGAUAGAUUUUAAAAUUGGACAAUGCAAUCUACCAGACCCUAUCUGUCAGAUUAAGUAAUCUGAACUUGUUUCAUUAUGAAAUGUGAUUCAAUAAACAGUCGUGUAUUUUUUUAUUUACAUUUCUGAAUUUGUAGUCAUGAGACUGACUUUUUAAAUAACUAACCGGUUCUUAUUUCGGUUAUACCUAUUAUAUAAGCUACAGUGUCGUUUUAAGUAAUUAAUAGUUUGUACAGUUAAGUCGUAAAAUUAUAAAACGCUAAUUGUAAGUAAAAAAAUAAAGUUUCAUUACAUAG